AGAGAUGGUGAAACCCUAAUAGCGAUCUGCGGCUGUUCAUCUCGUCUUUCGACUUUCAGGAGCUCUUCAGCCAUGGUUAACGUUCCUAAGACGAAGAAGACUUACUGCAAGUCCAAGGAUUGCCGAAAGCAUACCUUGCAUAAGGUGACACAGUAUAAGAAGGGAAAGGAUAGCUUGGCUGCACAAGGAAAGCGUCGUUAUGACAGGAAACAGUCUGGUUAUGGUGGACAAACAAAGCCUGUGUUUCACAAGAAGGCAAAAACCACGAAGAAGAUUGUGCUAAGGCUGCAAUGCCAAGGUUGCAAGCAUGUGUCCCAGCACCCGAUCAAGAGGUGCAAGCAUUUUGAAAUUGGUGGAGACAAAAAGGGCAAGGGAACAUCUCUUUUCUGAGAAAUUAUGUGUAAUCUAGUUGCAGUUAUUCAUUUUUCUAUUUUGGCAGACAUGGAGAUCUACUACAAUGCAAGUGGCUUUUUUGCUUUGACACAUGUAACUUAGUGAAGGAAAUAGGAAACUUUUCUUGUUUAUUUGUUUCUAUUUGCAGUGCAGGUGUGGUUUCAUAUGAUGCAUUGCUUGUUUUAGAUUGUGAAUUGGUUGUAUAGAUGUCCAAAUUGUGC